GAAGCGGCGUCCGCGCCGGAGGGUGUGGAGCGCAGAGCUUCACUUCUUGCAGACCGGCGGCCAGGCGCAGCGACGUCCGGGCUUCGCCCGGGAGGGACAGGACUGGACCGCGUGCGACGCGUAUUAGGUGGGCAGGUCGCGGCCGCAGGACUCAGUCUCAUGUCCCUUUCCCUGACGCUCGCUUCGUGCCUGACACCCGGCUGGGCGCUUACCCACCGUUGCCUCUUCACUUCCUUCUUUAGACUUUGCGACCAUUUCAGAGAUGUCUUCCAGAAGUCCUAAAGAUUUAAUGAAGAUUAAGUGGACAUCAAAGCCUAGUAAUACCAAAUCAGAAACUGCAUUAGAGAAAUUGAAAGGAGCAGUGGAUGAACUCACAAGUGGAAAAGGAAAACUUACUGAAAAAGACAGACACAGACUUUUGGAGAAAAUUCAAGUUCUUCAAGCUGAAAGGGAGAAGACUGCUUAUCACCUCACAGAGAAGGAAAAAGAAAUACAGCGCCUCAGAGACCAGCUGAAGGCUCGAUACAGCAACACUGCCUUGCUUGAACAGUUGGAAGAGAAAACAAAGGAAGGUGACAGGAUGGAACAGUUGUUGAAAUCCUUAUCCGAAGAGACAGAUUCGCUGAAGAAACAGUUGUCUGCUGCAAUGGCAAGACUUGGUGAAUUUGAAAACCAAGCCAGUGCACUUCAUUUAUCACAGACUGUGGCUGCAAGCUCACCAGUGAGUAAUGCUCAUGAGUUGGAAAUACAGCUGAAAGAUGCUCUGGAGAAAAAUCAGCAGUGGCUUGUGUAUGAUCAGCAGCGAGAGGCCUUCGUUAGGGGACUGUUAGCAAAGAUCUUUGAGCUGGAAAAAAUGGAAACAUCUGCUCCUUCACUCCCACAGCAGACGAAAACAGCUGCAUUGGAAGGCGAUGUUCAAGAAAAGAAGCAAAAAUAUUAUAACCACCUCUUGGCAAAUGCCAAAAAAGAUCUUGAGGUUGAAAGACAAACCAUAACUCAGUUGAGUUCAGAACUUAAUGAAUUUCGAAAAAAAUAUGAAGAAGCUCAGAAAGAAAUUCAAGAUUUAAAUCAGUUGUUGUGCUCACAAAGAAAGGCAGAAGUACAACAUCUGGAAGAUGACAGACAUAAAACAGAGAGAAUAGAAAGACUCAACAAAGAGAAUAAUAUUGCGAGGGAAAAACUCGAAGAAGAGAGGAAGCGAUCUGAAGAGCUUUCAUCUCAGGUGCAGUUUCUUUACACAUCUUUGUUAAAGCAGCAAGAGGAACAAACAAGGGUGGCUCUGUUGGAGCAACAGAUGCAGUCAUGUACUUUAGACUUUGAAAAUGAAAAACUUGACCGCCAAAAUAUGCAGCACCAAUUGCAUACAAUUCUUAAGGAACUCCGAAAAGCAAGAAGUCAAAUAACACAGUUGGAAUCCUUGAAGCAACUUCAUGAGUUUCCCUUCACAGAGCCAUUAGUUACUUUCCAAGGAGAGACUGCAAACAAAGUGAAAGUUUCCUCACCAAAAAGCCCCACUGCUGCACUAAAUGAAAGUCUGGUGGAAUGCCCCAAAUGCAACGCACAGUAUCCAGCCACUGAGCAUCGAGAUCUGCUUGUCCACGUGGAGUACUGUUCAGAGUAGCAAAAUGGUUAUUCUUUGUUUUUAGGCCAAAAGAUUUUAUACUAUAUCCUCUGUUUGCUUAUGGAUAUUUCCAAUUUCAUUUUCCACCUCUGGCUUAAGGAACUGCCUAUCUACCUUUGACACUCGGGCAUAUGAAUGAAUCAUUGUAUUUUUUGGCUGCUUUGCAUUUCCUUGGCGGUGAUACCCCUCCAUGAGACGGUUCAUCUUCAGGCUGCAGUGACAGAGACUACUCAUGUUUUGCAUGACUAAAGUACUUGAUAAAGAAAAGGUAGUUUAGAUUAUUGCUUGUGGGUUAAAUCUAUUGUU